CUUAUUAUAAUUUAUUGUUAAAAGUUAUUAAUGAAAUAAGAAAAAUUUAAAUAGUAUUGUUCGUUUCAGAUCAAUUAAAUGAUGUACUCAUUGAGUACUUUGGGACGUAGGUCUAGUGGUUUAGUACGGCUGCCUCUUGAGGUUUUGUGGACUAGAGCUAGAUAUAUUUCAUCUUCUGAAAGAGCAGCACUUGAUCGAGCCAAGAUUGAUUCUAUGAUAAGGGUUGAUCAUGCCGGGGAAUAUGGCGCGGACCGGAUAUAUGCCGGACAACUAGCUGUUCUCGGCCAUACAGAUAUAGGACCGAAAAUCAGCGAGAUGUGGGAGCAGGAGAAGGAACACUUGGCAACCUUUAACCGUUAUAUUCCAGAGUACAGGGUCCGUCCAACUGCUCUUCUACCUCUCUGGCAUGUUGCUGGAUAUGCAUUGGGGGCAGGAACUGCUCUGCUGGGUAAGGAAGCAGCUAUGGCGUGCACAGUAGCUGUAGAAGCAUCAAUCACUGCGCACUACAACGAGCAGCUGCGGGAGCUGCAUAAAGAUGGAGAUAAAUACGAACAGCUCAUUAAAACUAUUUCAAAGUUUCGGGACGAUGAACAGGAGCACCAUGAUACAGGACUAGAGCACGGUGCAGAACAGGCUCCGGCAUACGCGCUCUUGUCUGCCGCAAUUACAGUCGGUUGCAAGGGCGCAAUAUGGCUCUCAGAGAGAGUUUAGUUUUAAUAGUCAGAUACAGAUAUAUUUCUCAUAGGAUAACUCGGAACAGAAUCGGAAAGCUUCCGAUCCUGGUGUUAACCAAAAUAUUGUCUAUUGCUGAACAGUGGCAAACAAAUUUAAGUGACGUCAUAAGAUUUUGAAGAUUGCUAUACUAUUUAAUUGAUACUUUGGCUACAGGUUAAAACCCCCCCCCCCCUCCCUUAGUAAAAUCUAUUAUUACCCUAUCUCCCCCUCCCUGAACUGGCUAAAUUGCAUAUACCAUUCUUGGCAAUAAAGGGAUGGGAAGAAAUAUUCUACUGUUAUUAGGGGGGUAAUUUGCACUAUUUUUUGCAACACCCCACAACUAAAAUCCUGUAACCGCCCUUGAUAGUAAUAAUAUACAAACAUGUUAGUAUCUGUAUUAACAAUGUGAUACUCUAGAAUAAUAUAUUAAAUGUUAUUAAAUUUGUUUUUUAAUUA